UCUUAAAAUUUUUUUUUAGAUCUUAAGUAUAAAGACAAUAAUGUAUUUAACCUAUAUGUGAAAAAUAUCAAAGCAACGAGUUAUGUGAAAGUAUGAAUGUUUUCACACUUUAAACCAUCAUUAAUGAAUUAAAAAAAUGAAUAUCUUGAAAGACAAGUUUGAAGCUUACGUGGUUUCAACCAUGGAAGACAACCAAAGAGUUUCUCUCCUUGAUAAUUUUGCUAUAUCUGUUGAAAAGGCUAUAGAAGAGGCAGAUUUAAAUUCUCAAAAAAAGCAAGGCAAAGUUGUAAAAGAUGGAAAAGUGUCCGAAGAUUUUUGUUAUUGCUUAUAUGCAAUUCUUGAUCACGAAUUAAAGGAGAAAUUCUCAUUUUGGAACAUAGCUGAGUUAUUGUCUCCUAAAGAAACUGUUCAAAUGAUUUACAGGUUGAACUUUAAGCAGAGUGAUAAAACAAGAAGUGAAGCUUGGAUCCAUCAUUCUCUAAAUGAAGGAAGCAUGGGAAGUUAUUUUAGUUUGUUAAUUGAAGAGGAAUCAGGUAUUUUAAAGAAAUUUUAUAAAUCUUCUGCAUUUGUGCGAGAUAAACCUAAAAUGGAGUCUGCUCAAAACUUACUUAAUUUUGCUAUUUCUUCGAUUCAAUUCAUCAUAAACAUUGAAAAAAUUUUGUGCAAAGAUGAUUUGUUGGCUUUAGAUACAUCUUUUGAUGUUACAAGAACAAAACAAGAUCAAAUUCGUCGUAAACCUCGUGGACAUGCACCGACUAUUAUUACAUUUACAGAACCAGAUUCAUUUACAGGACCAGAUUCACAUUCUGAUUCAAAUAUUGAUGCUAAUCAUAAAGAAAACAAUAUAGAUGAUAAACAACAUUCUACUUUUUAUUAUGAGACAAUAUGUUUGGAUGAAAAGUUAACUAACAUGACUUUUGAAACAAAAUCAAACGGCAUAGUAACUGAUAACACUAGUAAUUCAUUUGAUUUGCUAAUUAAUGAAGCACAUGACAACAGUUCUCAAGCUAUAUCAGAAAAACUCAAUCAAACUACUAAAAAAUUGAAUGAAAAAAGUAAUGAUGUAGAUUAUUGUACCGAUCAAAAUUCCAAAAUCACCAAAAAGGAUGAAAUAUCUGUUCUUGCUUUAUCAAAUAAAAAAUCAGGUGAAACCAUUAUAUCUGAGCUUACGCCAUAUCAGGUAAACCAGUGUAUUGUACCUACAUCUACUUUGAUACCAUCUGAAGGAUCCGCUUUCUGUCCAGUAACCAAACUGAAAAAAUCAAGUCUUGAUAUAAAUGAUUUUAGUUUACCAAGUGAAGGGUUUUGCACUGAAACAUGCAUUGAAAAUAGCUUACUAAGCAACUUUUUAAAACAAGAAGAUGUAUUAGAUUCAGAAAUAGGUUUUGAAAAUUCUAAUAGUAGUAUAAAUAUAGACAAUACUGUAACAACAAUCCAUUCUUCUCAUAUAAGAGCAAAUAGUUUAGAAUGUAAUAAGCCAUCUCUUGAAAAUUAUUAUGUUCCAGGAAUUCAUAUAAAUGAAAAUGAUAUUGGAAGUCCUAAUGAAAUCAAGUCAGAAAAGUUAUCAGAGGUGCCAUCAAUUGAAACAAAGUCAGAAAAAUUAUCUCGGGUAUCAUCUUGUUCUUCAAUUGAACCAUCAUCUAAAAAAACUUCAGAAAACUUUGUAUCUAGGUAUGCUAAAGCAAUAUCAAAAUCAAUUGAACAAAAAAGUUUAUUCACUGAUUCAGAAAGUGAUACAUGCAGUUGGAGUGAUAAAAGUUUUAGCAUACUUGCUGAGCUUGGUAUCAUUGAUAGUUUUAUUGGAUUAAAAGAAGACUACUUCACUCCCCCAGAGGAUUUUAUGGGCUUCUCUUCGCAAGAAGAACUUCAAAAUGCAAUCACUGAAUGCAAAGUGCUUAUAAAAAAUACUCCUGAGCAUUCUGAGAAAAGAAAGGUACUAGUGACUCAGUUAAUACAACUCAGAUUAAAGAAGCAAGAGCUAGAGGAACAAGCAAGCAUUGAGGUUUUACCACACACAAAAAAGGUACUUGGCCAUCAGUUACAAAAACAACCUCAUUUAUCCUUAAAAGUUGAGUGUGAUGUUUGCGCUUCCAUUAUUUGGUUACUGUUGCAGACAGCAUACAUUUGUAAUGAUUGUGGAUUUCACUGUCAUAAAACAUGUUUACGUAAUAUAGACAAGCCAUGUAUAAGUAAUCUAAAGCUUUCUGAAACAACAUACCAAAUGGAAAUAUGUCCUGAAAAAGGUCUUUCAUCUCAAAGAUAUCGAUGCGCUGAUUGUUUGCACCGAAUAGCUUUAAAAGAUGGUGUGUUCUUAUCUCGAAUCUGUGAUUAUACUGGUUUACAUUACUGUCAUAGAUGUCAUUGGAAUGAUCUUUUGCCCAUACCAGCUCGAAUUUUGCAUAACUGGGAUUUCACACCUAAACAAGUUUCUCGCAAGUCAAAGUUUAUAUUACUCAGUAUGUUGAGAAAAGCUGUUAUAAAAAUAGAAAAUGUGAACCCCUAUUUGAUUGAUUUUAUUGAGGAACUUCAAGAUGUUCAUACUUUGCGUCACAAAGUUCUCUUAAUGAAAGAAUAUAUUGCAACAUGUCGUAUUGGUAUUAAUUUAAGUCUACUUCUCAAUUUUCAAAAUCGUCAACAUUUCAUGGACAACCCCCUGACAUAUUCAGUUCAAGAUUUGAUCGAUGUGGAAAACAAUAUUUUGCUAGAAGAGCUUACUAAAAAGUGUGCUACUCUUGCAAAACAUAUUAAAUUUGAUUGUCCUCUUUGUCAAGGUAAAGGCUUCGUUUGUGAAUAUUGUCGCGUUGAUGAAAUCAUUUAUCCUUUUGACAACCAUGUUACAGUGUGUUCAUGCAAAGGAACAUUUCAUCGGUUAUGCUACUCAAAGAACACUUGCCCAAGGUGUGCUCGAAUGGUAAAGAAAAAACAAGUUUCGAAUCAUUUUAGCGCAGUAACGUAGAGUUUGUUUUGACAAUCGUCUCAGUAUUUUUAUUUGUUACCUGAAAACCAAAAAACUUUAAUUUUUUUUAUACACUAAUUCUUACAUCAAAAGUCUACUGUUUACAUACGCGUUGCUUGGAUUCUCAGCAUGAGUUAAUGCCUAUCGAGCUCAUGUCACAUCACUCUU